GCGUGUUUUAGACGUUUCUUUUUCCUUGCUUUUCUCUCGUGUAUUAUACAGACUUUUCCCUCUUAGCUAGUCUUCCGCUGGAGAUGGAACAUUUGCCUUGGGUGUGGCAGAUGCUGGGGCGUGGCAGGAAGGAGCUGUGUGAAGAGUCUUUGACCUCUAGGAUAGAGAUGGUGAGUGUGGGAGUCAGCACUGAGCCCUACCAUGCCAGGUGGGAGGUAGAGACAGAUGAAAUUGUCCUACAGCGGCGGCAAAAGCAGAUAGAUUAUGGCAAGCGCACACCUGGUUACCAGUGCUUUCUGCAGCAGGUCCCCAAGGCACAACGACAGCCGGGACUUCAUCCUCAAACACCAAACAAAAACAGAAGGUACAGCCGCCGCUCCUGGGAUGCCCAGAUCAGGCAGUGGAGAAGAGCACUACAUUCCUGGGACCCCCCUAGCCAGCCUCUGCAGGGCAGGGGGACUGAGGGGCAGGGAAUGGAGAGUCUCUUAGAACCAAUGGAUUCCACCCCUUUGGAUGAUCUUCUGGAUUACUGGCUCCAGCCCCUGGAACCCUCAGAGAAUCUGGAUGGAGACCGGAAGGGAGGCCAGUUUGUAGACUUGGUGGCUCCUGACUCCUCCCUUCCCUGGCUCUGUGAAGAUGACACACACUGGUUCUACUUUCUAACUAAUCACAGUUACUUAUCUGUCCCAGACCUGAAUGGGGAACAAAAUAUUUAG